AUGACUCUGUGGAAGAAACUCUCCAUUUCCAAAUUAAGCCAUUUUAAGAGAGAGUUUGGCUUUCCUGAGAAAUUGAAUGUUUUGUUGCUGAAGCAUCCUGGUAUUUUCUAUGUCUCGAACAAAUACAAGAUUUACACUGUUCUUCUCAGGGAAGCAUACAAUGGUUCGGAAUUGAUAGAGAAGGAUCCAGUCGUUGUGGUGAAGAAUAAGUUUGGGGAGCUAAUGCAGGAAGGCCUGCACGAGUACAACCGAAGGCACUACUUAAUGAACUUAGAAAAGAAAAAGGAAAAAGGUGUUGCAAAAGUUAGGCCUAUCGGAAGGAGUAGAGAUGAUGAUGAUGAAAAAAUCUCUGAACAAAAUAAUCAAGAAGGUAAUUUAGGUGGCAUACUUGAUGCGGAAGAAAGGAAACGAUUUUACAAAGUUUUGUCUGGUGAUGAUGCUAAAUGA